CAUCUACCAAGCGGUUACCGGGUACAGUAUGUCAAGACCCCUGCAAGCCUCACUGUGACUAAAUUAACUCGGGAAAAUACCGAUACUAACACCGACCUGGACAAAAACGUGGAUUAAACGUGCGCUUGCAGCUACAACAUGUGAUGGGGUUCGGUGACCUUUGAGCUCAAAUGUUACACCUGACCAUGUCCAUGACGGGUGAGACAAAACCAGAGGCUUACCUGUACAGGGGUGUGUCUGAAGAGGAGGAGCCAGAGUACCCGUGUGGCUCCAUGUCUCACCUGCACCACAUGGGCGGGGCCUCUGAGGGCAGUGACAGCAGUCAUGACCCACGACCCCAAUCCCAGAUGCACGAGGAUAUGGAGAUGGGCGGAAAUGGCUCCAGUGGAAGUGGCACGGAAUCUCACAGUAACGAGUCCCAUGGAAACGAGUCUAUGGGGAGUUCCAGUGGAAUCGGAAAAGAUUCUGCCAUCAUGACAUCGUCAGGGAGUAAUAAAAGCUCAAACUCUCAAAGCCUUUCCCCUCCCAGCAGCAACAAUGCUUUCAGCAUGGUCGGUUCGGAGCAAGACAACCCUUCGACCAGCGGCUGCAGUAGUGAACAGUCGGCAAAGGCAAAAACUCAGAAGGAGCUUUUCAAGACACUGAAGGAGCUGAAAUAUCACCUGCCAUCUGACAAACGCAGCAAGGGACGGGCUAGUACGCUUAACACUCUCAAGUACGCCCUGCGCUGCGUCAAACAGGUCAAAGCCAAUGAAGAGUACUACCAGAUGCUUAUGAUCAAUGACAGUCAGCCAUCAGGUCUGGACGUGUCAUCAUACACAAUUGAAGAAAUCAACAGUAUUACCUCUGAAUAUACCCUCAAAAAUGCUGAUAUUUUUGCUGUUGCGGUGUCCCUGAUCACGGGAAAGAUCGUGUACAUUUCAGAGCAGGCUGCAGGAAUCCUGAACUGCAGAAAGGAGGAGUUCAAAGACCGGAAGUUUGUGGAGUUUCUGACACCUCGUGACGUUAGUGUGUUCUACAGCUUCACCACGCCGUACAGACUUCCAUCCUGGAGCAUGUGCACUGGAACAGAGUCUUCAUCCACUGAGUUUAUGCAGGAGAAAUCUUUCUUCUGUCGCAUCAGUGGUGGUAAAGAGAAGGAAGGAGAUCUUCAGUACUAUCCCUUCAGGAUGACCCCGUAUCUCAUGAAGGUUCAGGACCCGGAGCUCUCUGAAGAACAUUUCUGCUGCCUCAUUCUGGCUGAGAGAGUUCACUCUGGAUAUGAAGCACCAAGAAUUCCACUUGAUAAGAGGAUCUUCACUACAACACACACACCUAACUGUGUGUUUCAAGAUGUUGAUGAGAGGGCGGUGCCUUUGUUAGGGUAUCUGCCUCAGGACCUGAUUGGGACACCUCUUCUGUUACAUAUACACCCCAAUGACAGACCUCUAAUGCUGGAAGUGCACCGGAAAAUUCUGCAGUAUGUUGGGCAGCCGUUUGAUCAGCCCUCGAUCCGGUUCUUUUUGAGGAAUGGAGAAUACGUUACUUUAGACACCAGCUGGUGUAGCUUCGUGAACCCCUGGAGUCGCAAGGUGUCCUUUGUUAUCGGGCGGCACAAAGUCCGAAUGGGUCCAAUGAACGAGGAUGUGUUUUUAGCUCCGACACUCACAGAGGAAAAGAUCAUGGAUUCAGAUAUGCAGGAGAUCACAGAACAGAUUCAUAGACUACUUCUGCAGCCAGUCCACAGCAUGGGCUCCAGUGGUUAUGGUAGUCACGGCAGCAAUGGUUCCCAUGAGCACCUGCUGAGCAUAGCGUCCUCUAGUGACAGUAAUGGAAAUGGAAACGUGGUUAACAGUGGCAGCAGGAGUAAUCGGAACACCAGAAAGGAGGAGGGGAACAAGAGCAAACUGAGGUCAUUUCAGGAGAUUUGUAAAGGGGUUCAAAUGAUGAAGGUUCUGGACCCUCAGAGCUCCUCUACCAAACCAGAGCAGAAGAAGAGCAUAGACACAGGGUUCAGGGCAUCUGUUCUGAAGCAAAAAGACUCUGCACUGUUCGUCAGAGAUGGACCUUCUGCAAUGGAGGAACGGAAGGACCACACAAUGUACUCGUACCAGCAAGUAAGCUGCCUGGACAGCGUCAUCAGAUAUUUGGAGACCUGUAACGUCCUGAACAGAGCAAAACGAAAGUACCAGUUCUCCUCGAACACCACCUCCUCAAAUUCUGACGAGGACAAGCACACCUCCGAUGCCAGUCUACAGCAAACAGAGGAUCCUCUAGGUAUGGAGGUGCCAUCCUCUAUGUCUAUAAAGACCAAUGGAAAGCCUCCAUCAGGUCCCGCCCCUGUUGUGGGAGGCCCUUUAUCUCCUUUGGACUUGCCCAGCAAAGCAGACAGUGUGGUGUCUCAGUGUUCCUACAGCAGCACUAUUGUACACCCGGGGGACAAGAAAACACAGCCAGAAUCAGAGAUAAUUGAGGAUGCUGCAGAAAGCCCCACCUCUUCCGCACCUGUCAGUGUGGUUUCCCCACCCACAGUGGAGCAGGAAGCCUAUAGGAAGCUGGGACUUACAAAGCAGGUGCUGGCCGCACACACGCAGAAGGAAGAGCAAGCAUUCCUCAGUCGUUGCAGGGAACUCCUGCAUGGUCAGUCCCUACAGAAGAAUUGCCUUUUUAGCAAACAAAAAAACAGAGGACAGGCUGCUGAAGGAGUUAGUGGAUUCAAAGCAGGAAAAGGUGUGCCUGGUAGAGAGCCAACAACCAAGAAAAAUUGGCGCACCAAAAAGUCAAAGAAACCACGCACAAAACAUGCCAAUUCAUCAGAUAAUGCUGCGUCUCAGCACAGAUCUCUACCACCACUGCAGGGUUUGAAUCAGACAUCCUGGUCCCCCUCCGAGACUUCACAGUCUGGGCUUUCGGUUCCAUUUUCCACCGUAGUUCCAGGGUAUCCUCUCUUCCCUGUAGUUCCAUCCACUGUCCCUCCCCAAGCCCCUACUGGAAUAGCAGAGUCCCAAACCGCUCAGGCCACGCCCACUGCUCCUGCUUAUCCUACCCCAUUAGUCACACCAGUUGUGGCAUUAGUUUUGCCCAGUUUUAUGUUGCCACAGUUAGGCACAGCAUCUAAUGGCGUCUUUCAGCCCCAGCAACCGUUAAGCUCCCAGCAAUCCUUCAAUUCCCAGCAAUCCUUCAAUUCCCAGCAAUCCUUCAAUGCACAAAAGCCAAUCAAUGCCCAGCAACCCUUCAAUGUCCAGCAACCCUUCAAUGCCCAACAGCCCUUCAGUCUCCAGCAAUCCAUAAAUGCCCAACAGCCCUUCAAUCUCCAACAGCCCUUCAAUGGCCAACAACCUUUUCAGCCCCAGCAAGCCUACAACAUCCAGCAACCCUUGCAGCCUCAACAGCUCUACACAAACCAUCAAACCUGUUCCACCCCACAGUGUCUUCAGAGUCCCCAACAGUCCUUUCUGACACACACCUUCAAUCCCCAUCAACUUCCAUUUCCAUCUCAGAUAGCCUUCCAGUACGCUGUGACACCCGACCCUAAACCUUCCAUCAUUGAGUCUUCAGAGUGUAAUUCUCCCUUGCCACCCCCUCACUCCCCCCCACUGUUUGGGUCCCGCUCUAGUUCUCCAUUGCAGCUGGACCUGCUUCAAAUGGAGGAAAAGCAUGACUCUCAAAGCACAGCGCCCCCAUCAAACAACCAGGGGAACUGUAGCUCUGCACAGGACAGGAUCAACACAUCUAUUAACAGCAAAUCUUAUGCACCAGAUGAUUUGCAGCAGACAUUUUGCUCAGGUGAUGGCAGCCAGUAUGGUGACCACUCCUCAUCUAGCAGCGUUUUGGAACUGUUGUUACAGGAAGACUCUCAUUCCGGCUCGGCCACAUCAGCAUCUACUGGUUCCACAUCCAAUGACUGCAAUACCUCUAACAGUGGCACAGGAAGCAAAACAAGCAAGUACUUUGGUAGUAUGGAUUCCUCAGAGAACAAUCACAAGAUCCAAGAGACAAUCAAGGAGCAGGAGCAGAAUUUUGCUAAGUAUGUUCUUCAGGAACCUGUAUGGAGGAUUAUGGCUGACGCAGAUGACAAUGUCAUGAUGACCUAUCAGGUGCCAUCAAGGGACAUGGAAAAGGUUCUGAGAGAAGAUCAGGUGCGUUUGAGGCGUAUGCAGAAGAACCAGCCCUGUUUCUCCUCAGAACAGCGUAGAGAACUAAUCGAUCAGCACCCAUGGAUAAGGAAAGGUGGCUUACCCAAUGCCAUCAACAUCAAGGAGUGCAUGUACUGUGAAGAUAACCCCUCUGCUCCACUAGAAGAGGACAUGCCUGAUAUGGAGUUGGGCAGUUUAGAAGCAGAGGUGGGACAAGAUGGAGGAGGUUCUCGGAAAUAGAAAGUGAUCGAGCAAUCUAGUGGAUAAACGGUGCUAUGAAAAUCCUCUAAUCUCCAGUAGAGUGCGAAAUGGCCUUCUAGGUUCACACCUGGCAAAACAUUCACAUGCAGAGUGAAGGCCCCAAUAUAUUUCUAGCGAAAUCGAGGUCUGGACAAGUGUGACGUCAUUUCAAACAAAAUCUGCCAAAAACAAAUAUGUUUUUGAGUUUGUUUCAGUGGUUCGAAACAGCUCGCCAGUGAUAACUUUCAGGAAAACCAGCUGGUAAACACCUUCAUAAUGCCAUUGGUCCACAUCUUCGGUGGGUGUGACCCAGAGCUCCACCUACAUUGAGGCCAACAGCUAAUUCUGAUUAAGUUGUUCACUCAGUCAAGAUCAGUCAACAUGAACACACUGGUGUGUAAGUUUGCAUGAGCUGAUGCAAACUUGCCAACAGAUAUAUUAACCUUUUGUGUAGAGGCACUUUCCAUUUUCGUGAAAUUUUUUUACUUUAGUCUACGAAAGGAACCGAACCUACUCAAAUAAUCUUAAGAGCUCACUCUGUUGUUUGAUAUGCUGCUUCAUUCAUGUGCUGUCUUCAACAGAAAGCCAUUAACACAUUCAUUGGUCAUGUAUGCCUGCCUGGCACCCUGUUAUACAGUAGUAUCAAGUCAUCAUAAAAUACAAUAGCCGCUUUUCCACUAUCAGGCAUUUUAAUGGAUUUGUACUGAACCUGCUAUUUUUUUUAAUAUACUCCGAACUUGUAUCGUUGUGUGCUGGAUAUGUAACCUGGCAAAUUCGGCAAAACUCCGCCUUUGACACUGACCCCGCCUCAAUCCCAAUCCCCAGUUGGCCUUGUUUGGCCCAAGGGUAAUCAUCGGGCCAAAGGCCAUUGGCCCCGAGAAAGCCCCAAGGAGGAAUGAUGAAACCCCAGAAGCGACAGUGGGAACGAAGGGCCCCUGACAUGCACUAGCAUGCCCUCAUUUGGCCCGAUAGUGUAAACAUGGCUAAUGACGGAGUGUAACUAGUGCAUAUUAUGGCAGCAUAUACUGUUAGCGCAUUAGCAUCAUGAUUGCUGAAUGUAUACAAGACAAAUUAUAAAGAAAAAUGGUAUGCAGUAUCAAACCAAGUUGAGCCACAGGUGCAGGACACGAUGCAAUCAACAAAGAAAAAAAUUGCAAGUGUCCGGACAGUGAAUUACUUUUUUUACAGUGUUUCAACCAUUAGGACUGCGACAUAAUUUAAAAAACUAU